ACAACGCGCCCAGAGAAGUGUGAAGCUUUAUAAAAAUUUAAAAGCGUCGGUGGUGGAAGCAGGAGUGGGGUGGAGACGCAGCCUGGCGGCUAGGUGAUGAGCAGGGGAGACUUGGAGCCCGGCAAUCUCAGUUUUCACUUCUCCAAACCGGAGUCCUAUUGAAGACUAGCAUCUCUGAGACCCACAAGGCGUUAGGAGCUAGUAGGUGAGACUGCCCGUGAGAAAACAGCGCCGGCUGCAUCAUCGUCAGAGGAAGCUCGCCAUUGCUAUGGAUACCGAAUCCACAUAUUCUGGAUAUUCCUACUACUCAAGCCAUUCAAAAAAAUCUCACAGGCAAGGGGAAAGAACCCGAGAAAGACACAAAUCUCCACGGAGUAAAGAUGGCAGAGGGUCAGAAAAGUCUGUCACUAUCCAGGCUCCCACUGGAGAACCCCUGCUGGCAAAUGACUCUGCCCCCACAGGCGCAGAGGAAGUUCAGGAUGACAACUGGGGAGAGACCACCACAGCCAUCACAGGCACCUCAGAGCACAGUAUAUCCCAGGAGGACAUUGCCAGGAUUAGCAAGGACAUGGAGGACAGUGUGGGGCUGGAUUGCAAGCGCUAUCUGGGCCUUACUGUCGCCGCAUUCCUUGGACUUCUCGUGUUCCUCACCCCCAUUGCCUUCAUCCUGCUACCCCCGAUCCUGUGGAGGGAGGAGCUGAAACCCUGUGGCGCCAUCUGUGAGGGACUUCUCAUUUCUGUAUCAUUCAAACUGCUUAUUUUGCUCAUUGGAACCUGGGCACUCUUCUUCCGCAAGCAAAGAGCGGAUGUGCCGCGGGUAUUUGUGUUCCGAGCCCUAUUGUUGGUCCUCAUCUUUCUUUUCGUGGUUUCUUACUGGCUUUUUUAUGGGGUCCGCAUUUUGGACUCUAGGGACCAAAAUUACAAGGACAUUGUGCAAUAUGCAGUCUCCCUUGUGGACGCGCUGCUUUUCAUCCACUACCUUGCCAUCGUUCUGCUGGAGCUGCGGCAGCUACAACCUAUGUUCACACUUCAGGUGGUCCGCUCCACCGAUGGAGAGUCCCGGUUCUACAGCUUGGGACACCUGAGCAUCCAGCGAGCAGCGUUGGUAGUUCUGGAAAAUUACUACAAAGACUUCACCAUCUACAACCCAAACCUUCUAACGGCAUCUAAGUUCCGAGCAGCCAAACACAUGGCUGGCCUGAAAGUCUACAAUGUAGAUGGGCCCAGUAACAAUGCCACUGGCCAGUCCCGAGCCAUGAUUGCUGCAGCUGCUCGGCGCACAGACCCCAGCCACAAUGAGUUGUAUUAUGAGGAGGCUGAACACGAACGGCGGGUAAAGAAGCGGAGAGCAAGAUUGGUGGUGGCAGUAGAAGAAGCCUUCAUCCACAUCCAGCGUCUCCAGGCUGAGGAGCAGCAGAAAUCCCCUGGUGAGGUGAUGGACCCCAGGGAGGCCGCUCAGGCCAUCUUCCCCUCCAUGGCCAGGGCAUUGCAGAAGUACCUGCGCACCACACGGCAGCAGCACUACCACAGCAUGGAGAGCAUCCUGCAGCACCUGGCCUUCUGCAUCACCAACAGCAUGACCCCCAAGGCUUUCCUUGAAAGAUACCUCAGCGCCGGCCCCACCUUGCAGUAUGACAAGGAUCGCUGGCUCUCGACACAGUGGAGACUUAUUAGUGACGAAGCCGUGACGAACGGGUUACGGGAUGGAAUUGUUUUCGUCCUUAAAUGCUUGGACUUCAGCCUCGUAGUCAAUGUGAAGAAAAUUCCGUUCAUCGUACUCUCUGAAGAGUUCAUAGACCCCAAAUCUCACAAGUUUGUUCUUCGCUUACAGUCUGAAACAUCGGUUUAAAUGUUCUACAUAUGUGGCUUUAUGAAAAACAAAAGAAGAAUAUAUAUAGAGAUAUAUAUGUCUGGGGGGAGUCAUUUUAUAAAGAAUUUUUUAAAAAUUUUUCGAUGCUGACUGAAACUGGCAGAUGAUAGACCAGUGUCCUUCGACCAUCUGCACUUUAUUUGAAAGGAAGCAGGAGAUGUCCACCCUGACAAGUGACUGGUGGCAUCUGACUUCAAUAGAUGAGACUUCUGAAGAAGCUGUUCCCUGGAGUUUCUGUGACAGCUGUAAACCAAAGUAUAGCUGCUGUGUCCUUGGGAGCCUCGCCUUACUGGUCCCUGCCUGUUGCCCAGUACCACAUCCCCUAGUGCUUCUGGUCGACCCCCUCAUAGAUUCUAGGGGACUCACUUUAUUCUGGUUCAGGAAACUAGACACUACACAUCCACACAUGUGUUUGUACAAGCAAUUAUCCCAUAUCACCAUACCAUCCUGGGGAGUGGUAGGCAGUCCAGGAAAUGCCCACCCACCUGCAUCUGUUCUUAGUUGCCUUAGAUUCCCAGAGAAAGAGCCCAACAGAAAAUGUGCACUUCUGGAUUUCAGCUGUUAAGUGAUUUGCUUUUCAUUUUCCAGACAGAGAGAACUACCUGCCCUGUUUCUGCCCUGUUCCUCUGUUGGUGAGAGGCAGGUAACCCUUCUCUAGCCCUGGGAUUGUCCAUCUGAACUCCACUGUAGCCCAUUUUGAGCACCCAGACCACAGCCCUACUGGUGGGUGGCCCUGGUGAGGCUAGCUCGCCUCUCCAGAGCUGACAGGGACUUGGCUUUCCAGUAUGCCCACAAACUCUUUGCACAGCCUCAGCCUCUCCCAGUCUGUUUCCAAAGUAAGGCAUGACCCUGAGGAGCCAGUUAGCUGCAGAGCACCCUUUAGGCUACAGCAGGAGCCCCAUCUGCCCAAUCUUCCUUAGCCUUGCUUCUCACAAACCAGGAGAGGCCAACACUGUGACUCCCAGUUGGCAGGUGCCCCUUGGAGCCAUCCAAUUUCCCAGAGAGACAGUAUUCACACAGCUCAGGUGCCAAGCUGCCCUAUCACAGGAGACCAAAUGGUGCCCACCAAGCUGGCAGCUACUCUGUUCGAUCCCUGAGGUUUGUGCCCACUGUCACUGUGCAACAUACUACAAGGGAAAGGGCCAUGCUGCCCUUGCUGUAUAAAUUGCCCUUAAUUAUUGGUCAGGAAGAGAAAGGUAAAGGGGGUACUGGGGAAAGGGAGAGUGGGGGAGUCGGUGUUACAGUCCAGCAGGCCCCUUCUGCCAGCUGGUUUUGUAGCUGGUUUCAGAGGACUAUCCCCUUAAUGUCCUGUUUAGACAUAGGUGCCUCCUGGCAGAGCCCUGUGGAGGGGAGUGCCCAAGGAGCCAUGUCCUGAAACCUUUAAGUGGGCUCUCUUGGUCUCUCUUUGCCUGCCUAUGUCCGAAGCAAUGAUUCCCCAAGUAUUGACUCUCCUUUCCCGGCUUCAGGGAUCUUGUUUCAGGAAAGGAGAGCACUGUCAGCAUGCUCCAGGUCCAUGCAUGUGUAGCCUUGCUAUUCAUGCAUUCCGUAAAUCACACUAUUUUAUUUGUCAUUUAAAAAAAUGAAAAUUCACUUGGGAUAUUUGUAAUAUACCUUUACUCAGAAACGCAUUCUUCUUCACUCAGCAGUUUUUAGCUCAGAAAGAUGUGUUGGGGAAGGAAGGGGACUCUCAUGGGUGCAGCACAGAGCCAAGAUGCCCCACGUUAAUAGCUUGGCUCUGUUUGAGACACACCUAGUGGAACCACGGUGCUUUGAUCUUAGUUUUUCCCUUUAGGUCACUUCUGACUGGAAGUUCCUCAUGAUGUCUUUCUCAGGAAUAUUUUAGGAGAUAAGGUAAGGGAUGGGUAGUCUGUGAGAGACUGGCUGUAUGUGGAGGGUGGGGUUAUAGAGUAACUGCUCAGCCACAGAUACUGUGCCAUAGAUGUAAAUAAUGAGGCGUUAAAUGUAACACUACUCACCAGCGCUUUAAAAUACUGUGCUUCCAACACUGUCUUAAAUUAUGGGUCUUGAAGGGGUUAAGUUGGAGUCAUGUAUUGGUAUGUGCAUUCCCAGCAGGGUAAGAAGGUUUUAAAUUAAGGAACUAAUUUAUUUUCUCUCCUGCCCCCUCUCCCUCUAUGACUCUUUGCAUAGUAGAAUUUCAGACUUCCUGAAAUUAUUGUUUUGGUUGUAAAUUGAAUAUCGAUUCUUUUCAAAACACGAACUUUGCAUCGAUUCCGUCCUGAAAGAAAAAACAAAGUCAAAGGCAAAUUAAGCUCUUGUGCUCCCAGCACCCUAACAGCUCGAGUUACCAGUGAAUGGGAUCCCUGUGAAGUGAAUGAUAUUUUGAAAAAGAUCUGUAAAGUUGCAGAAGGCUGCAUCUCACAAUCGAAGACAAUACAUUUUUAUUUCAUUUCUUGGACCUAUAGCCUAUUCUUAUUAAUGGAUGUAAACUGUGCCCUAAGGCUAUUAGAAUAUACGAUCCUAUUAGAUUACACAGGAUUCCAUUACCUUAAAUAUUUAUAGAUUUUUCCCCUAUAACCUUCAACCUAAGUUAGUAAAAUUCUAACAUUAAAUGUGAAAGAAAUCAAUGCAGCGUGUAUAUCCAAUAUUGCUGUGAUUUUCAGUGGCCUACAAAACUAUACUUUUGUUCCAAAGCGUGUGCUUAAAAAAAAGGCAGUCUUUAGUAGUCCAUGAAUUGACUACAAAAAGUCUGUACCAUGGGAGUUAGAAUAGAUUUUUAAGUUAUAAGUCUCAUUCAUCCUUAGGUUAUCCGUGGAGUCCAAAUCUUCUGGCUAAAGUUCAUAAAGUAAGCCCCAGAGAAAAUGCUUAACCAUCAUUUCCUCCCAAGAAUUAUUGUCUCCCUUUCUUCCUCUGACUCUUCCUUUUGAGAUCUGCAAGAAGACAGAUUCUUCACAGCAGAAAGUGUGAAGUUAGUGGCCUGGGUAUGUCUGUCUCAUCACAACUCCCCAUACUGGCCAUACUGGAGUCUUAGAAAGGCUGACAGUGCCCACUCUUGCCACCCCUUGAUUUGGAGGUGCUCCUUUCUGUGCCCUCUUCUUGAAUGCAUGGGUUAAAUGUGACACCUCAUCUUAGCGUGGCUAUGGCUGUGAUGAAACAAACACAUGACCAAAGCACUUGGGGAGGAAAAGGUUUAUUUGGCUAAUGCUUCCACAUCACAGUUCAUCAUCAAAUGAAGCCAGGGCAGGAACCUGGAGGCAGGAGCUAAUGCAGAGGCCAUGGAGGCUGUGAAGAAGUGCUGCUUACUGGCUUGGUCCUCGUGGCUUGUUCAACCUGCUUUCUAAUAGAACCCAGGACCACCCCCAAUGAGACCUUCUCCUUGGAUCACUAACUAAGAAAAUGCCUUCCAGGCAGAUCUUACAGAGGAAAUUCACAAUUGAGGCUCCCUCCUCUCUGAUAACUCUAGCUUGUGUCAAGUUGACAUCAUACUAGCCGGUACCAAGCUCUAUCUGUAAACUACUAUCAACAUAAAAAAAUUAACUACCCACUCCCCCUCACUGCCAAUCAUUGACCCAGUGAAACAACGAAGUCAAGGCCCUAGUUUACUCUCUUCAACCUGGCCCUGCUGUGCAGAUUCCUUGUAUGUGGAUGUGAAUCAGGGAAGGGUGGCUGGUUUCUGCCUGUAUUUCUGAAUGUGUGUUGCCAGGUAGACAUGUUUGCCUGUUGGUCAUUAUAACAUUCAUGUGACCAGUGACAAAUUUGUAUGUGUACAUGUGUGUAUUGCUGAGCCUGUGAGGGUCUACAUCUCUGUUCAAUAGAGUUCCUCCACUCCCCAGCUUUUGGAAGGUUACUCUAAGCUGGCCCCUUGUCUGUAUUCUCUUUUAUCCUUUACACCAGCCUCUCACCGAGGAGAUAUCUGUGGGAGCCUGUUGUCACCCUGCAGGCAUGCCCAUUACAUUUGUUCUUGCGUUAGGUACUCUGUGACCUGCAAACAAAAGGGCAAGCUCUAUGGGGGUUACUGCUCAAGCCUUACCACUCUGGAAGCUUCCUGUGCGUUUAUUAUCAUAAUUUUUAAAAGAAACAACCAAUGAUUAGUUAUGGAAAUUGACAGGAAUGUCUAUAUGAUCAUUUAAAGAGUUCUGCAACAGAGACCCUACAAUUAUAAAAUGGUAUAAAGUACUUCUGGGUAGUGUUUGCUCUUUAUGGAUCUUGUUACAUCACCAAAAUGAAAUCACUACUGUGAAUUUACUACUAUGUAACCUUGUCAUAUCCCAUUAAAAAUAAAACAUGCCUUGUUUUUAA